UAAACGGGACCGCUGUUAGCUACUCCUCUGCCUAGAGACGACUUUCUCUGUGCCAUUGUUUGACUGUGACCGUGUGACACACAACACAUAGACAGUUAAUUUUAAGUCCUUGUCAAACCACGAAAUGAAUGGUUAUCUGUGAUAAUGAAACAACGUGACGGUGAUGGUACUUCAAACCAUUUCAAACAAUGCUCUGUCACUGUCAGUGCAUGGUCAGUGUCAAUGUUCAGUGAACUGGUGAAUACUUCGCUUCAGAAAGGAACAACCUUGUCAAUCAGAGGCAGUCCAAACACUGUGUUCACCUGAUCAGUCAUAUUGUGAAACAACUGAUUCAUUAUCAGUCAGCAGUUUUCGCUACACACACCAGGAUAAGCUGGUAUUAAGCUACACAUAGUAUGAUCCUCUACAGGCAUUGAACAUUGGUGUUAAGAGUCAGAACAGAAUUUAAAAGAUAUUUAUUAACUGUAGAUCUUGGCUAGGAAAAUGGCACGGUUGGACUGCUUCAACGUUUUCAUCAGCAAGCAGUUUUAUCGCUAUGGCAAAUUGCUUGCUCGCCAUCCUGCAGUCUUUCUAAUUGUACCGUUAGUUGUUGCAGCCUGUCUGAGCUCUGGGAUGUUGUUUUUAACCAUUGAGACAGACGCUACAUACCUUUUCACACCCGACGACAGCAGAGCAAAAGACGAAAUUUUGGAGAUGUCGAAGCUGUUCCCUGUUGACCACGAGAGAUUUUAUCCAAAUCGUCUUUUGACAAACUACGAACAGAGCGGCAACAUUGUCGUGACGGCAAAAGGCUCUGGGAACGUCCUCGAUGAAGACACUAUGGAGGAGAUAGUUCAGUUGAACAAACUUAUCAGAACGAUGGAGCUGAAAAGUGUAGGCUUCAACGGAACUAUAACAUUUGCUGACAUCUGUGUCCAUUUCCAACCAAAUGAAUGCUUCGAUGAUCCAGUACUAAAACUGCUCAACUAUACCUCAAAAAAUGUGAAGACCAUGAAUUUUACGUACCCUCUUUCUUACCUAAAUCUUGCGGAUAUGAUAACAAUGCCUGCUGAUACAACCUUUGAUUUCCUUCCUGAAGGACUGUCUGAAGGCAAUCCUUUUUCGUUUGAUGACGCGGGAGAUUUUCUAUCUGCAUUCCCCGAUUUAAGCUAUCUAAUCCCAAAUGCUCCAAAAAACAUUAGCAUAAAUAUUGGGGCAACUUUAGGCGGAGUCGUCUUAUAUGAGGGUACAGACAUUGUGAAAUCUGCCGAGGCGAUGUUCUUGAUGUACUUUUUACGAUCAGGUACUGAGGAAGAAACACUCCUUGCUGGGGAAUGGGAGCAGCUUUUCCUGCAAAAGUUGGUGGAGGUCGGCAAAACCUACAAACAUAUUGAGCUUUCAAUGUUUGCCUCCAGCACCCUUUCUGACGAGCUGAUCGCAAUGGCGUCACGCGUGAUGCCGAGGUUCUGCGUUACAUUCAGUCUCCUCAUCAUGUUUGCUGUGGGGUCCUGCAUGAUGGCAGACUGGGUGCAGAGCAAGCCAUGGCUGGGGCAGUUUGGAGUGAUUUCGGCGAUGUUGGCCAUAGCGUCCUCUAUGGGUCUCUUAUCGUACUGUGGCGUACCAUUCAAUGAGGUCACAGCAUCGAUGCCGUUUCUUGCAAUUGGCAUCGGAAUUGAUGACAUGUUCAUUAUGCUUGCAACAUGGCGGAAGACGUCAGUGCGACUGCCGGUAGAAGAACGACUGGGCCAGACAUACUCGGAGGCAGCUGUGUCAAUCACCAUCACUAGCGUCACGGAUGCUCUGGCUUUUGGAAUCGGCUCCAUCACCAAGCUGCCGGCCAUCAGGGUGUUCUGCCUCUACACAGGAAUAGCAAUCAUCUUUGAUUAUUUAUAUCAGAUUUCUUUUUUCGGAGCUUGCAUGGUAUACACCGGGCGGCGAGAGGCAAACAACAAACACUGCACCACUCUCAAACAGGUACUCCCAAAGGACGAGGCCACGUCCAAAUGCUACUACAUCUGCUGCGCAGGGGGCGUGUCUAAGACCUCUUCAAGCGGGGAGCAUUCAGAGCACGCCCUGAUGAGGUUCUUCAAGAACUAUUACGGCCCCUUCAUCACUACCCCCAUAAUGAAGGUCUUGACUGUGUUGCUGUAUAUGCUGUACGUCGCUGCAGCUAUACUGGGAUGCUUCCACGUCACAGAAGGGAUGCAGUAUAAGGACAUCUUCUCGGAUGACUCCUACGCGCAUACGUUCAUGAUAGAGAGAGUGCAGUAUUUCACUGCGUUUGCGGUACCUGUAGGCGUCGUCUUUACCGAGCCUCUCGCUUACUGGGAGAAAGACGUCCAACUACAGGUUGAGAACAUCACACAGACAUUUGAGCAAAAUAAAUACGUCUACGAUUCAAGAUUUACAGACUCAUGGCUUCGCAAAUAUCUGGAGUAUCUAGAAAUGGAGGAGAUUUACAGUAUACGUAGCAAUUCUACCGGUUUGGAUAAGGAUCUGUUUAUAUCAAGGCUUCAGGAUAGUUUUCUUACUCAUCCACUAUAUGAACAGUUUAGUUUAGAUGUUAGAUUUGAAACCGUUUCAGACGAGGUGGUGAUUGCUUCAUCUCGUCUAGUCCUUAUGCCCGGGAAUUUGACCACCACGAUAGAGGAGAGCAAUUUCAUGCUAGAGAUACGUGCCUUGGCUGAUGCUGCCCCUGUGCCAGUCCUGGUCACUUCGCCCCCCUUUGAGUUCUUCGAGCAAUACUUGGUGGUCCUGCCCAACACCAUUCAGAAUCUUAUCAUCGCUACCGUCUGCAUGUGCAUUAUUUCCUUAAUUUUCAUCCCCCACCCCAUAUCAGCUCUCAUGAUUACAUUCUGUGUCAUAUCCAUCGAGGUCGGAAUCAUCGGUUUCAUGUCGUUCUGGGGAGUCAAUAUGGACGGCGUCUCCAUGAUCAAUAUCAUCCUUUGCAUCGGCUUCAGCGUGGACUUCUCUGCGCACAUCACGUACUCAUUCGUCACCGCCCCUUGUGACACUGGUAACGAAGCGGCUAUCUACGCCCUGCACAGUCUAGGCAUGCCGAUCGUUCAGGGCGCACUGUCAACCAUUAUCGGCAUCAUCGCCAUCGCAACAUCGCCAGCUUACAUCUUCCGCAGCUUCUUUAAGACUAUGUUUCUGGUUAUGACCCUGGGCUUGCUUCACGGCAUACUCUUUCUACCCGUACUCCUGACUCUUCUCAGGCCGUGUAUGCGACUCCUGAAACGGAAACCAAUAGAGAAAGCUGACAAAAAUGGCAUGGAAAUUGUCAUCGAUCCUGAGAAUAAUAAACCUCAAAUGGAGACUGGAAUUGAAACGGUCCGUCUCUCAGUGAAGAACGGGAAUGGUGUUGUUGCGAGGGAUAACCCUGUGGAGAAGAAGGAAGCAAUCCCAGUUGAGGCCAACGAUGAAAAUGAACCGGAAAAAGAAGCGUUUCUUUAGGAAUUUCUAAGCCAGAGUGUAGAGGAUGGCUUGCAGGGGCCAUGUGAGGCAAUGUGCAAUAGGAGACAGUGAUGGAGUUCAACGUGACAUGCAGCCGAUUUCACGAAUCGCUAGGAUUAAUCCUAACUCAAGUUAGGACGAGUAACCCGUCCUAACUUAGGAUGACUUCAAAGCGUCCUAAGUAUUUGGAUACAGAACUGAACCCGUCCUAAGUCCUAAGAUUAAUCCUAAGUUAGGAAGAGGUUGGUAAAAUCGACGGUAGAGGUUUGUGUUUCCUGUACCAACGUGUCAAGAAUUCUCCUCCUGAUGCAACCCUUGCCCAAAUCAUUAAAACUACUAAGCAGAAAAUACUGCCUAUCACGAUUUUUUGCAGAAAAUGGGCAGCAAGUCAGAACAACAUCAACUUCAUGAGAUUUGGCAAGUGGCUUGUAUCUGCUAAGCAUGUUUUUUGUGUAUCUACUGGGCCCAACUUUCACAGAGCUGCUUUAAAGGAACACGUUGCCUUGGAUCGGUCGAGUUGGUCUUUGAAAAGCGUUUGU